UUAAUACUGAUGAUACAAAUAAAAUAAUUCAUGAUGAUAUUAAUACAGAAUUAUUAGCUGAUAAUAAUAAAUGUAUUUGUUUAAAAAUGAAAAAUUCCAAACAAAUGAAUACAUUUAAAAAUGGUAAUUUAGUUGAAAUUAAAGAAAAUACAAUUGAAAUAAGUCAAAAAAAACGAUUGUACAGUGAUGUAUUGGCAAAUUCAUCGUCAUCAAAUAGAAUUGAAGAAAAUUCCUUUGAAAAAACAUACGAUAAUUUGGAGCGUCAAGCUAUGGAGCAAUAUAGAACAUCCGAGGAAUGCUUAGCACUUCGUUAUCAAGAACUCGAACGUCAAGCUUUAGAGCAGUAUAUGAGCAGUGAAAAUUCCAGCACCGAGGAUUUUCUAAACAUCGAUUUUGUUCAGCCAGAGUGCUCGCCGAGGGGUGACGAUCAAUCAUUACUUUCAUUAGACAAAAAUCCUUUUGGCGCCAUGUGUUCAGAUUAUGCAGACAAUUGCUCGAGACUAGAAGCAUCAUCUGUAAAAGAAACAGGUUUUCAUUCCGAAACGAUUGCAAAAAGUUUGACGACUCUGUCCCGUAAUAUAGAGCAAGAGCAAAAGGAUACAUCAAAAGGAGCUUCUGGAGAUGAAAACGAUAAUGAUGCUAAAGGACUAUCAAAACAAAUAUUAUUAAUGACAAGUUUAACGAGAUCAUCAUAUAUUAAUGUAAUUAAAACAACAGAUAUAAAAACACUAUGCAAAAGUUUUGUACCAAUUUUUUAUCAAGUACCAAUAAUGAUGCAAGCGGGUGGUGGUGAUGAACAAAUUGCUUUCGAUUAUUCCCCAUAUACAAUGAUGGAGAAAUGUCUAAUUCAUUCGGAGGAGCAUUUUAUCAAUGGCUCAUUAAAUGGAAGCAGUACUACAGAACAGAAAUCUACAAUCUCAUCACAGUAUGAGGGAAGGUCUUUUUCUGAAUUAAAUUAUAUAACCAGACCUCAAUAUAAAUUACCAUUUCCUUCUACGGAGGUUCAAUUAAUUUCCGGACAGAAUAUCAUCGAGGACGAAGAAGAAGAAGAAGAAGAAGAAUAUUUACAUACCGAAAGUUAUUUUACAUUGCAAAUAGAACAAUAUUUGAAGAAUUUUGUAAAACAAAGUUAUGUAGAUAAAAUGAAUCUUUUAGAUGACAAUAAUAAUAAUAAUAAUAAUAAUAAUUUCAUCGAAUAUCUGAGAAAUGUAAUAUGGUCCAAUUUUCUCAACAAAGAAAAAAUCAUCAAACCAAUUAUUAAUGAUACUAAUAAUUUGAAAUUCGAAGAAAAACUUCAAUUUUGUAAUGAGAUGAAAGAAAUUGAUACAAAUCUUACGGUAGAAGUUAAUAAUAUUGUAGAAAAAAAUCCUUCAUUUGAAACAAUGACUGGCGAUCAUUAUGAGAGUGUUCCUGAUCUAUUGAAAAAGGCAUAUGGAAUUUUAAAGAAAAUUCAAAACGAUAAAACAAAUUAUGAAUUUCAAAUGCAAACAAAAAUGUUUCACGAUACAGAAACAAUUUUAGAAGAAUUUCUUAAAGACUGAUGAAUAUGACAAAUAUUGUUUCAAUGAUUUUUGUUUUUUUAAUAUUAAUUAUUCUCUUAAAAUUUUAUAAAUUGCAUAUAUAUUGUUGUUUAACUAUAAUUAUGUUAAUUCAUUAGAAUACAAUAAAACUGUUUAUGGAA